CUGCUUCGAGGGGAGAAGAAAUUUUUGCCUUGCAGCGAAGGCAAAGGGAGUGUGCGGUGCAGUCACCGAAAGUGCGGGAAGUUCAGCCGUCGUCUUCGUCUAAGCGCGGUCUGGUCACCGCCCGUCUCUCUCUCUCUCUCUCUGUGCGCCUCACUUAAAUUUGAUCUCCCUCCCUCUUUUCUCCCUCCUCUCACCCUCUUCGUGUCGUAGCAUAGCUGAGAGAGGAAGAGAUGCCUCUGGUUCGAUUGCAAGUGAGGAAUGAGUACGGAUUGGGAGAUCCUGCGCUGUAUAGGGUUUCACCGAGGGAGGAUCCCAAGGCGAUUCUUGAUGGAGUGGCGGUCGCUGGACUCAUCGGGAUCUUGCGGCAGUUAGGCGAUCUUGCUGAGUUUGCAUCUGACAUUUUCCAUGAGCUGCGUGAGCAAGUGAUGACAACUUCCUCAAGAGGACGAAAGCUAUUGGCUCGGGUAAAACAACUAGAAAUGGAACUUCCAAAUGUUGAGAGUGUUGUUCAGGGUCAAAGAAGCUACGUACAUUUUUCUUAUGAACCAGGUUCAGAUUGGCAUGCUGAUCUUAAAAUCAAGAAGAGUCAUCUACUUUCCAGUGACUUGCCACAAUUUAUGAUGGAUUCAUACGAAGAAUGUCGAGAACCACCACGCUUAUACCUUCUUGACAAAUUCGAUACUGCUGGUACUGGUGCCUGUCUGAAGAGAUAUUCAGAUCCUGCAUAUUUCAAGAGAGAGUGGGAUACUUUGGAACUGAAGAAAGCGGAAAAAGUUCAAAGACAGAGGAAAGCGCAGAAAAUCAAGAGGAAAGGAUCACAAAUUAAAACUGGAGAAAGAAUAUCCUUAUCGCAACGUCAUAGCAGUACACAGUUUGCAUCCCCAAGCACCGAAGAAUUGCAUAACUCGACUGGUUCAUCACCUAUAUCUGAUACAGAACCAAAACCCAAAUUUGCAAGUAGAUCUACAUAUUUUGGUUCGAGAAUGAGGAUGGACCAUGUUGAAAAAGCCCCAGAUACAAAUUCAUGUGCACUGCUGGAUGAACCCGAACAUGAUGGGCUUUCUGAUUCUAAGUUACAGAUCGAUCAAAGUGGUAGCUUUGCUUCUGAUGCGCAUGAUAAAUUAAAUGGAGAUUGUACAGCUGAUGGCUCCCCACAUGGGUGGUUGAAAGUGGAAAUUUCUUGCAGAUCACCUUCUGUUGAAUGGGAUGAAAAGACUGAAAUACUGAAGUCCACAAGCCCCAGAUCUUGUAAUAACAUUACGUUGGAUGGUACAGAAUAUUUAGAGCCUCUGCAAGCAAGUUCUGAACAAUCAAACAUGGAACUUGAAAGUUCUGUACUGGGAACCAUGGACCAGGGGAACAGCAUAUUUGACACUGAAAAUGUACAGACACCAUUAUCCAAUGUAAACCACUUUGAAGAGGUCAACAGUGAGACUGAUAACUACAUGGAUGCACAUAAUAUGCUUGAAUCAGAAACAGAAACAGAUACAGAGUGCCAAACAAAGCGCGAAAUAAAGUCCAUGUCUAAUUGCAAUAAACCAUCAAUGGAAUCUGGAACAUCACGACCUCAAGAAAUGACCUCCACAGCUUCUGACGUCUCUGGUAUUGACACUGUCAGUGGCCCUCACGGUUCCUCAAAUGAGAACAUCUUCCCUUUGAAACUUGUGCCAUCUCGAUCAGUUGGUCCUAUUUCAAAUCCCGGUGACUACAUUGAUGAUCAAAUCUCCGAACUUAAUGCUGGUGAUAUGUCAAGUAUUUGUGAAGGUGUUCAGGAUAGCCUGCCUCCUGAGUUGAGCAUCUCUGGUUCACCAGCAAUUUUGGGACCUAGAACAACUACUAGUGUGUCUCAAUCUCCAGAUUCACCUCCUGUUAAUUUUUCUAAUAUUCCUUCUCCCAAAUUCUGGACGAAUGGCGGUCUGUUAGGACUGGAGCCAUCCAAACCCCCAGUUUUCAGUGUCUCAAAAGUGCCAGCUGAAGAUUUUGUAUCUGAUUCUGGUAAUGUUAUGUAUGAGCAUUCCAACAGUUUGGAAGGGACUACAUCGCAUUAUAAUGGAUUGACCACAGAGCAAGAGACAAUGUCAACAUCAAAUGAGAUUACAUCAAGAAGUUACAGUUUUAUUAAAAAAGCAGAUGGAUUGCCAAAAGCCUCCUUGAAUGGCCAUCAACAUUUUGGUAGAAGUGAUAAUGUGUUUCCACAACUUGAUCCCUCUCAAUGUUCUUCAACCUACCUAGAUAAUCAACUUGAUAGUACGCCUGCCAACCAAAAUUCUCACAGACAUCUUCAAGCUUGCUCUUCAUUUGAGUUUCAGAAAGUUCAAGGUGCACAUCACAGUUAUAUCAGUGCUGAGAAUGGAUGUCAUAACAUAGUACCUAAAGGGGAUGAGUUCCCUAGUAGUCAUCCUGUUGAGUCAAAGCCCAAUGGAUCUGGACAAAACACAAUGGAUAUUAAAUCGAGUUUAUCCGCUCUUGCUCAGAGAAUACUCGCCAACAGUCUUCAAAGAAAACCAUCAAUUGCCCAAGCUCAUAGUGAGAAUGUAAAUGCUGAUUCUAUCAAGCAACAAGAAAUUUCUCCUCUAAACAAUCAGAAAGAAGGCCCAACAAGAGUUGUAGCUGAGGCUUGUUAUCCAGAGAACACCAAUAAUACAGAAAGUAUCUCAUCAAAAACUUCAAAUUUAUCAAGUCCACAUUUACCAGGACAUUUUUCUCCUCCAUUAGAACAUAUGAAAAUCUCUUUCCAUCCUAUGACUUUUAUGGAGGCCUCAAAACUGAAACUCGAAUAUUCCAGUGUCGAUUUCGACGAAAAUAUUGAAGAUGUGACAUUCCCUUCAUUCCGGUUGCUUCCAGGGCCCCAUGUUCCCGUAGAAUAUGAUUGUUCUGAAACUGAUGAUGAUACUUUCUGUAUAAAAUCUUGUCCUUGUACCUCAGAGGAUCAUCUUAGCCCCCGUUCAGAUUCAUACUCUGAGUUAUGGGGCCAAGAAGAUCUGAGUGAAGGACAAAGUAAUGAAAUGUACAACGGUGUACAUAGAGUUUCACUUUCAAGUUCUUCCGUUUCUAGCAUCGAUAGAUUUGGUCAGAUGUGUCAGGUAGAAGCCACCGAGAAUUUGGAGGCUGAGAACAGUAUAUUAUAUUUUCAAAACAGUAAUUCUGUGUGUCUUCCUGGUCUUGAUUCGGUUACACAUACACAUAACGGAGGAGUAUGUGAUUCAUUCAGAACUGAGGCUUUGGCAUCUCAAUCUCAGACUGGGCUCCCACCUCCUCCACCUCUGCCUCCUAUACUGUGGACGAUGAAGGAUGCCUCCGUUCAUAAAGCCGAAAAAAAGGAUUCUAGUGUUGCUGAAAUAGUGGAGCGCUUCAAUGUAAUGCAAGCACAAAGGCUCACAGCUCACAAGCAACAAGAACUCAAUGUACCAAGUCAACCUCCUUUUCCGGAGAUAAUGUCAUGCCCCAUCAAGAAAUUGGAUGAUGAACAAAACAUGAUCAGAGAAGAAAUUAAAACUAACGAUAAAGGUGAGCAAAAGCGCAGAAAGGAUGAGCUUCUUCAUCAAACCUGGAAGAAGCAUGACCAACAAAAGCUGAAUGCACACAAAGAACUGGAAAUUCCUUGUGCCAAUGGUCAGGAAGUCGAUGAAAGGGAAGAGCUGCUUCAUCAAAUCAGGAACAAGUCAUUUAAUCUUCGACACACCUCAUCCACAAAGCCCAGUCCUGUGUCUCAAGCUACCACCAACACCAAUGUUGCUGCAAUUUUGGAGAAAGCAAAUGCUAUUCGUCAGGCAUUUGUGGGUAGCGAUGAUGGGGGUGAUGAUGAUAAUUGGAGUGAUGGCUAAAUCAAGCUUUUGAUCUUGGCAGAUUCUUCCAUAUAUGAGCUUCCACCACAGUUGACUGAUCUUAUGGUAGUUUUUGUUAGAUUUGUGAACAGCGUUGGUGCAUCAUGUAAUUAUUGUUCGCGAGCCUUGUGUUAUAUCUUUCUUAGGUCUUAUUUGUCUUUUUAUUCAAUCUGGGGGUAAGAAAUAUCUUCAUGUAACAUAGAACAUUUUUCCAAUAUUAUUUGUCAAUUAUAUGAAUGGCUGGGUAAAAUAAUA